AUGCGACGAAAGAGCUGUCUACUCUUGGGCUGCUUGAACUGCUUGACCUUUGGUGGAUUCGCAUUGGAGUGGGGCCAAGCUUUGUCCCUGGACACCGUUCUGUCCACCUCCACCAAUUUGCAGCUUCUGCAAGCAGGGAAAGAGUACCAUCCGUCUCACCUGGAUGAGCGGAGAUUGCAUAGUGCGAAAGCUCGAGCCUCUUUGGACUCCUUUGGACUCCCAACCUUGGAGUUCGAUGAGGUCACCAGAACUCAUUCAAGUCACAAGCUGAAGGGAGAACUGCUUGAGGAGGCUGCAAUGGCAGCAGCUGCACUGGCAGUGAGAGAAGAGGCCAAGGCGGCCCGCGCGGUCGGCGGAGGAGAACCCGCCCGGCUCUUGGCAUCCACGCACCUGAAGAGCCAUGCGGAGCGAUCGGCCAGACAUUUGAUCUCACGCUUCGAGGUGAUCAACGAGGAAGCCAAUGAGUCUCACACCAACAGCAGUUCCCCAAGGAUCGUGAAUCAAAGUUCGCCCUGGACAAAUCCACAAGGAGUCAAUCCCUUCAAUCCAUUCAGCAACCCGUUCUUCAACCCUUUCACCCCAAACCCCUACACGCCCUUGCACACAGGCGGAGGGCGUGGCAGCAACCUACUCUUCAUUUUGUUUGUCUUCAUCCUUGCAGCUGCAGGCUGUGCAGUAGCUUGUGGUGGGGUGUGGGAGGAUGAUGACGAUAUCAGCAGUGGUGACGAGAGCCAUCUGGGUUUGAUGGGGCUCAACGCCGACGCCCGGCGUGGGCGGGAGAACAUCAAGCGGAAGGUGCAGCCAGCGGAGAAAAGUCGUGGAUGCUUGAGCUGGUUGUCUUGCUGCGGCUGUUGCAGGUAUUGUUCCAAGACAGUGAUCUUGUUCACUCUUGGAGCCAUGCUGUUAACAUUCCUAGGUGGCAAGAUCUUGUGGAACAGCGGCAUCCUGCAGCCUCUACUGGCGCAGCUGUUGCUGUAUGCCUACGUGAUCCUCAUCAUCUUGGGCUUUGCCGUGGUCAUUACCCACGAGCUCACCCGGAAGAUCCGGCGCACCGUGGACAGCAUCUACCGGAGCCUGGUCGAUUUCCAAGACGUGAUGCCCCACUGGUUGAAGAAUCGAAAGGAGGCCAGCAAGGAGAUCGACAAUGCCCUGGCAGAGAUGCGAAUGAGUAUCAACGAUGCCAGGAGGCAUCGCAGUGGCGAGGAGCGCCGUGCGCUCAACGAGCUGCGGAAGGUGGCGGAGGACGUAGUGGAGCGUGUCCAGAAGGUUGUGGAUGACGCGGGUGCUCGCCACAGCAAGGAUGCCAAGGAAAGGCAACGGAGCACCAUCGCAGCCUUUCAUUUGCUUCCUUUCACGGCCAAGUUGCGAAUCCUGGUGGCAGAAAAGGCUUUGGCGCUCACACUCCUGGGUGGUGCCUUUACGGUCGGGUCCACCGUGGUGCUAUGUAUUUGCCUGGAGAUCUUCUCUGCCUGGUCCUGUCGGCUGCAGUGUUGA